CUCCGUGUCUUCUUGCUUUCGGAAGAAUGAGAGCUCUGCUUCUGUCAUUGUUGGUGGGGUGCUCACUGGGAGCCUCCGUGGAGCGACCGAGGCGCCAAUCAUACGGCGGCGGCGUCAACCUCCAGUCCUCCUUCGGCUACCUGCCACCACGACCUGGUCCUUCCUGCCAGCCCUCUACCGUCUACCGAACGCAGACGCAGUACUCCACCCAGGUCGUCCCCUCCACCGUCUACAACAACGACGUGCAGUACCUCACCCAGACCUCCGUCCGCACUCAGCAGGUCUACACCACAAUCUACUCCGAAGUCAUCCGGACUCAGCAAGUCCCAUCGGUGCAGUACCAGACAGUCACCGUCACUCGCACACAGGACAAUGUGCGCACACAGGUCAUCACUCUCCCACCUCAGGUCAGCUAUGUGACCCGCACACAGCAGAGCGUCAGGACUGAAGUUCAGUACCAGACCAGAUACGAGACCCGUACUCAGCAGGUCCCCACCACCAUCACCAGGAACGUCGUGUCCACACAGGUAGUACCUCAGCAGGUGGUCAGCACUAUCUACCAGACACAGACAGUCACCAGGACACAGCAGGUUCCAGGUCAGACGCGCACGGUGGAAAGUACCCAGUACAGUGUCAGGUACUCAACCGUGGUGAUUCCUGCUCAAGAUGUCGUACGCACGACGCAGGUCGUCAGGACCAGUUAUGCCACCCAGGCCAUCACCCAGCCUGGCCAGACCCGCAUUAUCACCUCCACGCAGGUGGUCCCUGUCACCACAACCAUCGUCUCGCAGGUGGUUCUCACCAACACCCAGACUCAGUACGUGACACGCACACAGGUACAGCAGCAGGUGUCCACCGUCGUGCGCACGCAGCAGGUGCCUCAGUACAACACCAGGACCGUCACUGUGCCCCAGCAAGUGGUGAGGACACAGGUGUCCACUCAGGUGGUGCCAACAACUAUUUUUAGCCAACAGGUUGUCCCUUCGGUCGUCAACCUCCCCGCCCAGACGCAGUAUGUCACUAUCACCCAAACCUCCGUCAGGACCCAACAGCUCCCUGGGCAGACCCGAACCCAGUUCCAGACGAGGACCGUCUACAACACAAACUACGUGACAUCCACCGUGUUCAACCAGCAGUACAACACCGUGACAGCCACCAGCACCGUCCAACCCAACUGCAACACCGGCUACAACUACCCCAAACCUGCUCGUCCCUUCAACCCGUACGGGCGCUAAAGGAGUUAUUCAUUUUAUCAGAAUAUUCUACGCAGGUCUUUCGAAGGGCCUGCGAUACACAAUCCAAAAUGCGCUAAUCAAGUGUUAAUGUUUAUUAAGAGAAGUACGCAGUGUAAUCGAUUAUGAUAUCUUUAAACUUUAUUUAAUAUACCAUGUACAAUAAACAUUUCUUCCUCAACCCA